AUGGAACAUCAACAGAUCUCGGAGCAAUCGCAGCCCAGCAAGCGCAUUUACAUUGGAAACCUUCCUUACGCAGCACAAGCCGAGGAUGUGGAACAAUACUUGGAGGAAGCUGGAUUCCAGAUUGAACGCCUGGACAUGUCUACCGACCCUUUUACUGGAAGAAACCCAUCAUACUGUUUUGCCGAGUUAUUUUCGGUAGAGGAGGCCCAGAGAGCCAUCAGCUCGCUUCCUGGUGCAAGCUUCAUGGGCCGUCCUCUUAGAGUCAAUGUGCAUACACCGAAGACUCGCGGCGCAAAUGGCACAAACACUCCUAUGCGUUCCUCGACCAGAUCUCCCUUCUCUACUGAGCGCACAUGGCGGAGCUCACCUGCGGCCAAUGGUGCCGAGACUCCUUCCAAGACCGGCGAAAGGGAUUCUUAUGCUUUCAACCGCUGGGAGCGCAAUGACGCUUCAUCUCAUUGGACUGCACCUGUGGAGACUGGCCGCAGACUUUAUGUUGGUGGUUUGCCUCGCAUUGAUGGCCAAGAAAUUGUCAAUGAGGAGAUGAAGGCUUUGUUCAGCGACUACACGGUCGAGGCUGUCAGCAAGCUGAUCUUACCCCAUGAAUCUACUGCAACCAUGCCUGGUGACCAUCACUACUGCUUUGUUGACUUUGCUACCACCGAGGAGGCGCAAGCGGCUGCCAACGCAGUGAAUGGAGCCACAACUUCAACAGGAAACAAGCUGAAGGUCAACAUGGCUAGAGAGAGACCUAACAGAAAGGUUGUCAGAGAGCAAAACCUGACUGACAAGGAGAAGCCUGUACCCGUCAGAGAUUUUGGCUCUAGCUGGCGUAGAGCAAACUAA